UGUUAAACUGCAAACACCUUUUUUUUUUGUAUAAUUUGAAAGGUGUAUAAAAUUGUAAGUAUAAAAAAAUGUAAGUAAAGUUUAUUAUAGUGUAAAUGGUCUUGAGAAAAUGCUUCCAGCAUGAAGGUAUGACAGUUUGGCACAACCCCGGCUUUUUAGACGUCUACUGCAUUGUGGGCGUGGUCAUUGCUAUGUGUCUAAUGUUGUGUGGGCGUGUCAGUGUGACAGGUUCAGCUUCCUCUUUUAGAUUCCUCGCAAAUCAGUCUGCUCUGCUGAAGUGUUUAAUUCUCAGUAAAUCUGUUCUCAGUGACCUGAAGCUGCAAUGAGUGUAUGCAGCUCCACAUUCAGUGGUCCAGAGGAGAUGGACGAGUUGGAGUCGGUUGGGUCAAAUGGAAACUGCCUCUGCUGAAGAGCUGCAGUAUGAGGAAACGAGUCUCUGAUUUUAGAUAUGCUCUAAUGAACACAGAGAGUUGGUACCAUUAUGACUUGUCCCGGCAUGCUGCUGAGGCUCUGCUCAUGUCGAAUGGGGUUGAUGGGAGUUUUCUGCUCAGAAACAGCAACAAGGGACCCGAAUGCUUUGCCCUGUCUGUCAGGGCAAAGGACUCGGUGAAACACUUCCAUGUCCAGCGGCAGAACGGGAGGUAUUCUUUUGGAUUCAACGAGUUUUCAUGCCUUCAGGAUUUCACCAGUCACCUUGCCAAUCAGCCGCUACUGGGCAGUGAGACAGGUAGCCUGAUAGUGCUGCGGUUCCCGUACCCCCGACGGGUGGAGGAGCCAUCCAUUUACGAGUCUGUCUGUGUGCACACGGCUAUACAGACAGGACGGAGUGAAAGUGACUUGGUCCCCAGUGCUCCAUCACUUGGCACAAAAGAGGGCUACUUGGUGAAACAAGGAGGCAUCAUAAAGAACUGGAAACAACGAUGGUUCACACUGAACAGAAACGAGCUAAAGUACUUCAAAGACAAAAUGUUUCCACAACCUAUUCGGACCCUGGAUCUGACUGCAUGCUCUGCCGUUCAGUUUGAUUACAGCCAGGAGAGGGUUAACUGCUUCUGUCUAGUGUUCCCUGAGAGGACGUUCUAUUUGUGUGCAAAAUCAGGCGUGGAGGCUGAUGAAUGGAUAAAGAUACUACGCUGGAAAUUGUCACAGAUAAGAAAAGGAAGAUGAUGACCAGAAUGUGGAAAAGAAGAAAAGGAACAAGUAGGAGUGUGAGCUGUGAGGGCAGUUAAGAAUGAUAUAAUAGGAUGAACUUAGUCAAGAGUACAGUAUCAGCUGUGGGUUUGUAUUUGCUCCUGUGGCCACUGUAAUCUGUGGUGUGAAGAAUGUCUGUGUCUCAGAUGUGACUCUCUAAGGAUGGCUAAGUAAGUCCUGACCUUCUGUUAUGCAGACCACAUAUGGAGAUGUUGCAUUUCAGUGAUCAAAUGAAGGAAGAGAAUGGGCCUAAUGGCAUUUACAAACUGACAUCAUUAAUGGUGUAAUUUAUUAAGCUUUCCACUCUGGAACCAUGAAGUGACUGUAGUGCAAUGCAUUGCAAGUUAUUCAUAAAAUACUAAAACCCUGGAUGGAAACAGGAAUUUAACUUUGUACUAAGUAAGAAAUAUAAGGGCAGCUACACUGGUGACUGAUACCUCAUUAAAUUAUGGUUAGCAGUUCUUGAAAAAAGGUUUGACAAUCAGCACAUUGAUCAGUGUUUCAACUAUAAGUUUCAGUUUUUGUUAUGUAUAGACCCGCUGAACAUAUUGGAAUGGCAAGGCUAAUUCUUUAGUUUUUUUUCCAUACAUUUGGGUUUGACAUUAAAAGUUGAACAUAAGAUGAUAGAUCAGAAUAUCAGACUUUAUUUCCUCAUACUUGCAUCUAGUUGUGUUAAACAAAUUGGAACAUGGCACCUUUUGUUUGACCCAACCAUUUUUAAGUGAUCAAAAAUAUUGUGACAUGCGACUGAUUGAUUGAUGGUUUAAAUAUUUAUUAGCUCUGAAUGUCUAUUCUUGGUUUGAGUCAUGGGUUUCACCUUUGAAGACUACAUUUGUUGUUAAAAAGGAUAAACCAACAUGAAGGCCAGAGAGAUGUCUGUGGGAGAAAAGCAAACCCCCAUUCAGCAAAAAAAAAAAAAGAAAGAAAAAGAAGAAGGAAAAAAAAAGAAGAAGAAGAAGAAAAAGAAAAAAAAACUGACGUAAGCUGUGGUAAAAGCCUGGAAAAGCAUUACAAAGGAAUUGUAAUUAGUUCAGAGAAUUGCUUUGUAUAGGAACAUGGGGCUACAUUUCACUGGACCAGGUGCACCUGUUCUUCAAGAUGUCCCUACAUUUGUUGCUAAAUUCUGUAGUUGCUUUAACACAAGGAGGAAGUCAAACACUUUACAUGGUCUCAUUAUAAAAUAUUCUAGAGAAUAGUCUGAAGUAGAUUACUUCCUCCUACUUGAUUCAUGAGACCAUAUUUAAUAUUUGAAUUGUGCAAUAAGACCAGAAGAAUUAAGUGAGUUUUUUUGUUAUAUAAAUCGUGAUCUUGCUCCAUACUGAUAUUAUUGUGUUAUCCACCAGCUUUUGUGUUCAGCACGUCUGAUGGAGUAAUAUGUGUUCAUUUAACAUUGUACCAUUGACUGGAGUGAUGGCAAAAUUAUGUAAAACAUGAAAGAAUGAGUAAAGACUGCUGUGCAUCUGUGUGUGCAUGCUUUUGUGAGAAGAAAAAAAAAAAACAUUUGUCCUCAUGCUGGUUUCAGAUAAUGCUUUGAGCUAACACUGUGAAAAUUGGGGGGGGUAAAUGUAUUUUGUACAUCAAAGUCAUAAACAAAUUUAUUAAUUAGAAGAAAUCAAAAAUACAACCAGACAGGGUUACAUUCAAAAGAGAAACAUACAGCAUCAAGAGCAACUAACAUGAAAUCCAAGUUCACAGCCAACAUCAUACUAUUAUUAUAAUAAUGUCCAAGGUGCAUAUAUGUAUGUGUGUCUUGAUCUGGUCCAGGUAUACACUGCAGUGGUUAUAAAGCUCUCUGUCUUCUAGGCAACCUCAACCACCUGUCUCAGUUCCUCUAUCAGUGGAACAAGCUCCUUCUCCAAACUGAUGAUCAAACCUAAAAAUAACAUAAGAAACUGAUUCACUACCCAUGUGAUGCAAAUAUCAGUGUGCAUUAAAAAUACACCAAGUGGAAUGUAUUUAAUAGUAUUUAACUGUGGCAAGGAUCUGAGUGUGUUAGGAUUUUUUUUUUUUUUUAAUAACAAUAUCUCUAGUAAACCAAUGUAUUUUCAGGCUUUGAGUCACCAUGUAUUGUUUAAGCUAAAGUUGUAAAGUGUUUCCAAAUAAAAUAUUUAUCUGCCA